AUGAUCGGAGUGAGAUUAAACUCAUUCAGCGACAAUUCAGGGGAACCUGAGCAGGACGCGAAUUCUGCUUUAACUGAGUUGGAUAAAGGUCUAAGGUCUGGUAAAGUCGGAGAACAAUGCGAAGCUAUCGUCCGUUUUCCUCGUUUAUUUGAAAAAUAUCCGUUUCCUAUAUUAAUUAAUUCGUCAUUUCUAAAAUUGGCCGAUGUGUUUCGUAUGGGUAACAACUUUUUACGGCUGUGGGUUUUACGCGUGUGUCAGCAAAGUGAGAAGCAUUUGGAUAAGAUAUUGAACGUGGAUGAGUUUUUGAGGCGGGUUUACAGCGUGUUGCAUUCAAAUGACCCCGUGGCGCGAGCGUUGGCGCUGAGAACUCUGGGUGCUGUGGCGGGAAUCAUUCCUGAGCGACAGAACGUCCAUCACGCAAUUCGCAGAGGUCUGGAAAGCCAUGACAAUGUAGAAGUUGAUGCUGCUAUUUAUGCUACUACCAGAUUUGCUGCUCAUUCUAACUCAUUUGCAGUGGCCAUGUGUAAUAAGUUGUCGGAUAUGGUCGAGUGUGAGAGUACUGGGGUUGAACGUAGGGCCAAACUCGUCAGGGCUCUACGAACAGUACAUGGUGGAGCGGUUCGUGCUCAAGGUGUUCUAAAGCUACUCAGGUCGUUGUUGGAGAGAUUCCCUUCAUCAAGCUCAGUCCGAGCUGCAAUCACAGCUCUUACUGCCAUCGCUGCCGAUACUGUAGUACAUGUUCCCGAUCAGGUGGAACUUCUGCUUAAACUAGCUGUUAACGACGCUCGAUCAGCUGUUCGUCGCGCUGCGCUUUUGGGUUUACGUAAAUUGGCCGAACAUGCUGCAUUAUGGCCGAAUGACUCCAUUCAAGAUUUAGUACACGCUGCUUCAGAGAUGCAAGAUGAUGAACACAGCAUGCUAUGCUUACAAGUCAUGCAGAUCCUGGUCCGUUGCCCGGCGGUGUGCGCGGCGGCCGGCCCGGAAGCAUCUCUUCGGCGCCAUUGCAGCGCUGCAGCGCUUAGCGUCAACAUGCAGCGGGCUGCAAUCGCUGCUGAUGUGCUUACAAGAAUCGUAACUCACUGCUACGAAGAAAAUCUCCCGGUCGAAGGCUCAGAAUUGAUGCUGGCUUUAGAGUCGCUGGUCAUAGCAACCGGCAUGGACAACGGACAGAAUAACAUACGGCCUUUAAGGAUAGCGCUUAGAUGUCUGGUACAAUUAAGUUCCUCUGCCCCCCAUCUAUACGCCAGUCGCACCGCUGGUGUUUUGGGGGCGGCGGCUCAGGGCUCCGUGGGGCCGCGACAGGCUGCUCUACUAGAAGGCCUGGCCGCGCUUGGAGCCCUAGGGGCGUCCGCGGCGCCUUACCUCAUACCCGCACUAGAGAGAGCUAAGGAAGACUGCAAGGACCCGUCGUAUGACGGCACCACAUUAGUUCUCAUCUGCACCGUCUUGCUGCAAGAGAGGGCGGUGUCGUCGUUAAGGUGCAGGCUGCGGGGCGGCUGGGAGGAGAGGCUGCGGGACGCGGUGAGGGGCGCGGACGGCUGGACCAAGUAUAGGGUCGCUAGGACCGCGCUCAGAUACGGCCAUCACCGGUUGGCGGGCGAACUUCUGGAACAAUUAGCUUUACACGCGCCAAGUGAAGCUGCGCAAAGGUGGCUUACAGCAUUACACAAAGCAGCAGCAGCUGAUAGAUUACUGGAAGAUGAAGGUAUAUCAUCGUUAGAGGAGGCGAGCGCUGGCUGGCAGUCGUUCUCAGCGGGCGCGGGCGGGGUGGCGGGUGCGGCCGCGUGCGUCGGCUGCAGCGGGUGCGGCGCCUGCACCUCCCUGUGCGCCGCGUGGGCGAGCGCACGCGCAAGUGGGCUGGCGGCGCUGGCCCGGGCGGCAGCAGCGGCGCGCGCUCUGUGUACACAACCGCCGCCAGCCAUCGCUAUGCAACACGCUCAGGCUGCUCGUGACCCAGCGUCUAAGUCAGGCGCGUGUGCGGGCGCCCUUCGCCGCGCCUCGGCCGCUUUAUCAGCUGUCUCCAAAUCUUACGCCGCGCUCGCCAGAAUGUCGUUCUACGCUGAUGACACAACGCUCAGAUUAUUAUACAUUUCCCAGCACACGUACGGCCUCAUGUCUCAGUUCCUUGAUCGCAUUACCUCGGGCCAGGAGUGGGAGGUGCGGGUGGUGAAUCCUCGCAGUCUCGAGGAGUCGCUGGCCCUGGCGCCCGCGCUCGAGCUGGCCAGAGUCGCUGACAAGCUGUUCGACCACCCCGCCACAGGGAACGGACUCACGCACAGGCACGCGGAGGCCGUGUUGGCCGGUGUGCGCGCCCUGUGUAAAGGCUCCAUCUGGCUGAGGGCGGUGUGUGCGGGCGGGGCGGGCGGCGCGCCCUGCCGCGUGUCCCUGUCCCCCGCGCCGAGAGCGCCCCCUGCCGACCACGCGGCCGCCCUGCCACUGACGCAUCGCCUGGCUGUUAAACUGGAAGGAGUCUUAUUACCUCCGCCCGGCAAGAAGAAGCACAAGCGUCAAGUGAAAGGAGUCCAGAUUACUGUGACUGCUACACCACACCCGCGGACUAACGAGAAGACAGUGGAGCUGACAAACAUCCCUCCAAGUCUAACUGCUGUGCAGACAGUCACUCCCGUGAGAGAUUUCUUCUCAGCGCAGCAACUGGUGAGCGUGUGUACUCCGGGGUUAUACACUGUGGCCGUGGAGGCUGCCUUCGUGGACCAGGAGGGACAGCUGUGGCACACCGGGCCGAGGACGUGCAUCGUUAUUAAGUGUUUUCUCGGUAACAAAGCUCUGGCCUCAAACAGAUCCUUACCAAACGAUACAAUCACAUUGAACCUGUCUAAAAGCAAUAUAACAAUCUUACAAACAUCAGAAUUACUUAAAUCAGAUACAUUAGAGGUAUUAUUAUUGAAUUUUAAUCAUAUUAAUGAUAUAAAACCUUCAUCGCUUCAACUACCACAACUUAAAAGGUUGGAUCUGAGUGACAACGAUCUACAGGUCAUUCAGCCGGGAGUAUUCAUCCAAUUAAUUAAAUUAGAAUACCUCAGUCUAGCUAAUAAUAAAUUCACACAAAUAUCGCGAAUCCACUUGCGCCCUUUAGUGAAUUUGAAAGAUAUUGUACUAGAUAAUAAUAAUAUUGGCAGUGAUCUAGCCAACACGUCGAUUUUCGAUACAAACAGUUGUGGACUUACGACUACAAUAGAAAGUAUAUCUUUAAAUAAAAUUAAUCUACAAGAUAUAAGAAAAGAGUAUUUUUUGCAAGCCGACAAACUCACUAACCUGAGUCUUUCAGGAAAUAAUCUAACAACAAUACCUUAUUUAAAACAAUUAUUGUAUCUAGACUUGUCUGACAACCCUAUCGAAGUGCUUGAGUUCGACCAGACAUAUCCACCGAUUAUUUCGGUUUUUAAGAUAAAUAAUUUGAAAAUCAAAGAGAUCUCAAUGAAUGGACUUAUGGGACUAUUCGAUGAAAUAGAAAUGGAGAAUAAUAGAUAUUUGAGCAAUUUCUCCCAUUUAGCAUUCGGUUCUAAUAUUCUGAGGGACGAUUAUGAUUUUAUAACACGUAAAUUAUUUAUGAAGAGUUCAAAUUUAUCCACAUUGGAUGAAAGGCUGUGGGUCCUGUUCAAACACUUGGAAGUGUUGGAUCUACAAGACAAUCCGUGGCACUGCGACUGUAGAAUAGCUUGGUUCCUCAAACUAAACACACCUCUGAUAUUCAGCCAAGGACUCAAAUGUGCGACACCAUCUUACUUCAAGGGUAUAAGGAUUAUGGAUCUCAAGCCUCAUGACUUCGAGUGUCCACAACAAACUGUUCCCAAAACUAUAAGAUCCAGUGAAGGUGUUUACGAACUGGCCGUCACCUUGGGAUUAAUUUUGUACACGUUGUUACUCAUCGUUGAAAGUGCUAACGUGUGUGAGAGUCAAUAUUGCGUGUGUCGGCACAACAAUAAAAGUGACAGAGAUCUGUUCGGCGAAAUUGUGACUUGUUCCUACGAUCGUACAGUGCUUAAUAAAGACUACGAGUUACCUCUCACGACGCACACUUUAGAUAUAUCGAGAAACAACAUAACUAGUGUACAACCUUCGAAAUUACUGCAAUCAGAUACACUAACCGAACUGUCGCUUAGAGAUAAUGCAAUCAAAGAAAUAUCGCCUUCCGCACUGCGACUAGAGAAGUUAAAAAGAUUGGAUCUGAGCAACAAUGAAUUGGAAUUCCUACACAAAGAUACGUUCAGAUACAUCAAAGAACUGGAGUAUCUUAAUUUGGCGAAUAAUAAAUUUACUACCUUCGACAAAAUCACAUUCCAUCACUUGGAAGAUUUGAGAGAAAUUAUUUUAGACAACAAUUAUCUUGGGCCGAGUUUAGAUGACAAUAAUCUAUUCGAUCGCAACGGCUACGGACUGACUCACAAGAUCCAGUCUCUUUCAAUGAGCGGCAUUAAAUUGGAUCGUGUCCAUGAAAACUUUUUCGUUGACGCAUUUGACUUGAGACGGCUCACGAUAUCAAAUAAUAACAUACACGAAAUUUUCGAACUACCUUUUACUUUAGAAUACUUGGAUCUGUCAGACAACCCGAUCGAUAUUAUAGCUGGCGAAGACUUCGCUGAUUUAUCAGCGCUGAAAGAAUUGAAGUUGAAUAAUUUGAAUAUAAAAGAAAUACCAGAUUUUGCAUUCGCUUCGUUGCAUUCGUUGACGAGUUUGGAAUUGGAAAGGAAUAUGAAACUGACUAAUUUCAGCGUAAUGGCGUUUGGUCAGGAAGUCUUAGAGGAUGCUGAUGACUUUACGCUAGAAAAAUUAUCCUUAAGAGGAUCCAGAUUGACGACCCUUGAUAAAAGAUUGGAAGUGCCUUUCGGGCAAUUAAUACGUUUAGAUUUACAAGGAAACUAUUGGAAUUGUGAUUGCCAUUUAAUUUGGUUACAACAGUUCCAAAUGCAACCAGAGGAUUCGGUGCAUUUAAGAUGUUACACUCCAAAAUCCUUAAUGAACGCCAAGAUAAUGGAUCUCAACCAGAGGUACUUCACAUGUUCGGCAGACAGCCGUCGGACCGGUGUCGUUAUAGCUGUCAUCUGUCUGUGUGUCACGUUGACAGCUGUCGCUCUAUGGGUGUUCAUGUUUUCUUCUAGAAAUAUACCUAAAUUCACAUUUUUAACCAGCAUGUACGCGCCCGCGGGCGGAUAUUCCGGGUUACCUGUUAUUUAUAAUAAUAACCUAUAG